AUGAUUUCGAACAACGCACAACAGAGUAUUUAUGAGUGGGACUUUCCUUAUGUGUGCAUAUUCACACUGAGUAGCUCUCUUUCUUUAAGAUUUCUCUCUGCGGUUGUCCUUUUCAGCGAUGGCUAACACGGUCCAGCCAUUGAAGAAGGGGAGCGAAGGUAGCUCGUCGGAAAGCGGCAGCUCAGAGGGCGGCGGAUCAGACAGAUUCUUCGGCGGUGUUAGCUCUUUCGAGUACUCUGGCUGGGUGUAUCAUCUCGGGGUCAAUUCUAUUGGCCGUGAGUAUUGCCAUCUCCGCUACCUCUUCAUCCGCGGCAAGAACGUUGAAAUGUACAAGCGCGACCCUCAUGAGAAUCCCGGGAUUAAACCCAUCAGAAAGGGUGCUAUUGGACACACACUUAUCGUUGAGGACUUGGGUCGUCGAAGAGUUAAUCAUGGGGAUGUCUAUGUUCUGAAAUUUUACAAUCGGUUGGAUGAAGCAAAAAAGGGAGAAAUUGCUUGCCCUACAGCUGGAGAAGCCAAACAGUGGAUGGAGGCAUUUGAUCAGGCAAAACAACAGGCAGAAUAUGAGCUGACAAGAGGUGGCAGUGCAAGGACUAAGCUGAACAUGGAGACGGAGAUCAACCUUGAAGGACAUCGACCUAGAGUGCGGCGUGGUUUGAAAAGGCUAAUAAAAAUAGGCCAAGGUCCGCAGAAACUUCUGCGCCAAGCUUCAAGUCUGGGUGCAGACAGCAGAUCAGAGCUGUACUAUGAUGCAGACAGAGCGGAUGCUGUAGAACCACAUGAAUGGAAAUGCGUCCAAACAAUUAAUGGUGUUCGAAUGUUUGAAGAUGUGGCUCAAGCGAAGAGUGCCAAGGGUGUUCUUGUCAAGGCAGUUGGUGUUGUUGAAGCCAGUGCCGACACUGUUUUUGAGGUGGUGUUAAAUCUUGAUCGUCGCCAACGAUAUGAGUGGGAUGCUUUGUCAGGUGACCUUGAGUUGAUUGAUUCUUUGGAUGGACAUUAUGAUGUAGUUUAUGGAACUUUUGAUCCAAGACACCUUACCUGGUGGCAUUCUAAGAAAGAUUUUGUCUUCUCUCGGCAAUGGUUUCAAGGACAAGAUGGAACAUAUACAAUUUUGCAAUUUCCCGCUGUUCAUAAAAACCGGCCUCCAAAAUCUGGAUAUCGACGUACAAAUAUUUACCCUUCCACCUGGGAGAUUAGGAAUCUACACACAUCAUCAGGUUCUGCCAAGUGUCUCGUUGCUCAGAUGCUUGAGAUACACUCCAAGCGCUGGUUUAAAUUGAAGAAGAAUAACUUCUUAGAAUUUGAGAAAACUAUUCCUUUCGGAUUGUUGAGUCAAGUAUCAGGCCUUAAGGAAUAUAUCAGAGCAACUCCAGCACUUACAUUUGAAUCAUCCACUAUGAUAGUUCAUUCACAAACGUCUGACGUUUCUACAACCAAUGGAGAAUUUGAUGGUGAUGAAGGGGCAGAUCAGUUCUAUGAUGCAAUUACUGCUGAAUCUUCAUCAUCGGAUGAUGACAGUGACAAUGAAGUAGAGCCUAUUAACAAGGACAAAAAAGUUAAGCUGAAGAAUGUUUCAUGGGCAAUAGCAAGCUUUGCCUUGAGGCGAGAUUCAGCGCCAAAUGUUGGCAAGGAGUUAAAUCCGAAUGUGCCUCCUGUUGUGUUCAAUACAAGUAAUUUCAAUGGUACCAUGCAGCAAGGGAAAGAUGAGAAUGUCACAAACUGUUGGACCUCUCCAGGGGGUUCAGGGUUCAUGAUCAGAGGGAAGACAUACUUAAAAGAUUACACCAAGGUCAAGGGUGGAGAUCCUUUGCUAAAGUUAAUUGCAGUUGAUUGGUACAAGAUGGAGAAUUGUAUCACAAAAGUUGCUCUGCAUCCUAAGUGUCUUGUUCAGUCUGAAGCUGGAAAAAAACUUCCCUUUAUCCUUAUCAUUAACCUCAUGGUUCCAGCUAAACCAAAUUAUAGCAUGGUUCUUUAUUAUGCUGCUGAUCGGCCUGUCAAUAAGGAUUCGUUGUUGGGUAAAUUCGUUUAUGGUACUGAUAUGUACCGCGAUUCAAGAUUCAAAUUGAUUCCAAGCAUUAUUGAGGGAUAUUGGAUGGUCAAACGUGCAGUUGGAUCUAAAGCUUGUCUUUUGGGUAAAGCUGUAACAUGCAAGUACCUCCGCCAGGACAACUUUCUAGAGAUUGACGUGGACAUUGGCUCAUCCUCUGUCGCAAGGAGCAUCAUUGGUCUAGUACUAGGAUAUGUUACUAGUCUUGUUGUUGAUCUUGCUAUUCUAAUAGAGGCAAAAGAAGAGGCAGAACUGCCAGAGUAUAUCCUCGGAACUGUUAGGCUAAACCGUGUGAGGCUUGACUCUGCUACCCCGUUAGAUGUUUGAGGAUUCAUUUGGUUCUAUUAUUAUGAAAAGGUUAAGUGGAACUUACAUUCUUCAAAACAACAGUAGUAUGACCAUAUUUUGAAAUAUUUAAGUGUUUGUAGAUCAUUAAAAAUGACAAUGUGGAUUGUAUCAUUGUAAAUUUUGCUAUCUGUGAGAGUAUUAUGUAAUGAGUGUUUGGUUGUUUUGACUUUUGAUCAAAAAACUAAAAGGGAGAGAGUAUCAUUGUAACUUUGUAUUUAGAACUUAGAAGAUACUCUGUAUAUGUUAUGAUAAAGAACCUUGACGCUCAUCUUUAGUCCGGUC